UCUCUUCUUCACUACCGAAUAUUCUCACACACGCUCUUCUCAUGGGUCUUUCUCUCUUUUGCAGAACCUUCAAUUUCUCUAAAAUGGUGAAUUUCCCAAUUCCCCUCUCAAUUUUAAUUCUCCUUGGAUAAAAGAAAUCAAGGUUUUUUGUGUGUAUGUAUGCAACAGACAAUGGCGAAGAUGAAUAAAAUUGCUGAGAAACAAGAGGGAGGUGGUUGUGAGGUAAAUGAGUAGAGACGUUGGUAUGCUUCUUGAUUCCUGUCCGGAUGCCACUGCUCGUAUUCAGGAAUCAAAUCGAAAUAAUCUCAAAGAUUUUAUGAGUCUUGCUAAUGGUUUGAUGGUCACACAUUUCCUCAUAUUGCAGAAACUGACUCUGCAUCAUACUUGAGGGUUGCCAAAAUGAAACACUGUCCAACUUUAACAUUUAAAAUACAUAAAUAUUCGUUGGCUGCUGAGAUUGUUCAAUCUCAACUCCGUCCAAGAUGCCCUUUGGAUCAUUUCAAGAACCCACCGUUGAUUGUGCUAUCUGGUUUUGGGACAAGGGAAGAACACCUAAAGCUCACUACGUUUAUAUUCCAGAACAUUUUUCCUGCCAUUGACAUAAAUACAGUCAAGUUCUCUUCAUGCCAAAGGAUUGUAUUACUUAAUUACGACAAAGAAACAAAUCUUAUUGAUGGCACUACUCUAUCAGAUUACAGCCAGUGGGUGUUUCUCGCUGAAUCAGGAAAUUUGUGCAAAACCAUCAAGUGCCUGAUCUAAGAAGUCUUCAAGAUGUUAGUGACUUUGUAACCAAGUACGUGCCUAUGUCUCUCAGUGCUGCUAUGGCUUUUUGAUUUCAUUCGAUGCGAUUAUAGUUUUCCUUCAUUAAUCUGGUUGAUUUAUUAUCAUUUUUUUCAUAGUGAAUUAAACCUUUCUAUUUAUUAUCAGCCAAAGAGCUGGUCUAGAGUUAGUAUAACUAUCUGCAUUUGUUAUCCUUCUGGAAUCAGGUUGUGUGGAACUGAGAUCGUUGAAUUACUGCAGAGAUUCUAUUCUUACUUCUUCCUUAUUUCCUAACGGCUACUACCUUUCCAAACCCUGUUACAAUUUGGAUUAAUAGCAAGUGUACCCUUAGAAGAAUUUUGUCCGCUGUAUCAAUCCAUAAACCCUAUUUUAUUCUAUCUCCCACCUGCUACUCACUCUCCUCACCUUUGCAAACAUAUCCAUUUCCAUUACUAUUAUAUAAGUGAUUGAUUGAUUAAUUGAAUAAUUUAUAUGUAACCUCAAAAUUAACUCGUAGGAAUGGGGAAUUCGGUAUAUCAUACCUGGUGGUUAGCUCUCUCUUGUUUUUAUUGCUUAUGGAUCAUUUAGCUUGAAACAUAGAAUUUUGCUUUGCUUCAAACAUAGCCUACACCUCGCCUCCCCAAAAAACUUUCAACAACUCAUUGAUGCGUUUGCUCACUGUCACAGCAAUACCACUGAGAUCUGAAGUUUUGCAAUUGCUGAUUGGUAAAUCUGCUGUGAACAUUAUCUAUCUUAAUUUUUUAACUAUUGCUCCAUGUUCCCCCACCUGAAAAUUUGCUUCUUGAUUUCCAAGGGAACUUAAAAGUUUCCGACUUUGGGCAAUUUACUCAAAUCUCUAACAGGGAGUCAGGGCCGACUAUACCACUUGUGGGACUCCAAAUUAUGUUGCACUUACGAGAUAUGAUGCAUAUGUAGUUUGAAUCAUUCAGUUACUUCUUAAUAGUUCUUAUGAGUGCAUGCUUCUUGUUUUGUACAUGCAACUCAUCAUUCUUCAUUUGAUUGGCCUGCUAUAUCCCCAAAAUCCUUUUCUCAUUUAUAUUUUAGAUUGCGAGUUAAGAGGCAAAAAAUAUACUUUUCUCUCCUUUUACUGCUUAGAAUAGUAUGAAACAGUUGUUAUAAGUUAUUUUCCUUAAGUAGCUCUAUUAUUUUCCCAUUCCUGAGUUUUAUCUGCAAGGAGCUUGAAUCAAAAAGAAGCUAAGCAGAGGGGUGGUUGUGUCUUCAUUUUAAUUCAUUGAUCCCUUUUACCUAGCAUGAUCAGUUGAUUUUUUUAGUUUGAUUGCGCUCGUUCCUUGAUUUUUAUAAGUGUUCCUUUCCUCAUCUCAUUUUUCUUGAUUAAUUUGUGAAACUUCUUGAUAAUACUCAGAACCAUGUACAUGCAGAGGAUCAAGAUUGAUAGGAUAAAACGAGACCCCUUGGUUCACCAUUGUGAAAGUUUUGAAUUACUCUCUACCCAACUCUGUUUUUGUUUUUGUCUUCUUUUUGUUAUGAAUCUACCCAACAGAGAGU